GAAACAUUUAAUCACGUUUUGUAAACAAAACUAACCGGUGUACAACAAAUAUUAGCACAACGUACAACCACUCGCAUAAGACCUUUUUUUUUACAGGUAUUUGUAAAGCGCACUCUCCAGAUUUUAGAUCAACGACAGCGUUAAGUAAAUCCAGGCGGGAAUUCAGUCGUUCCUUUCUCUUCGCUCUUUUCCAUAUCUACAAAGACUGCCGCAACCAGAGAAGUUCCGACUCUUCUUUAAAAUGCCGGUAUCGGAAUCAGUAGAUGAAGACGAUGAGCACGAUUCCAAAGAUACAGUUCUCCAAAAAUACUUCUUACAGGAAUGGAAACUCGUCAAAUCCCUCCUUGACGACAUCGUUUCCAAUCAACAAGUCUCCGAUCUCUCCUCCGUCCACAAGAUCCGCUCCAUUAUGGAUAAGUAUCAGCAGCAGGGUGAGCUAUUGGAGCCGUACCUGGAGAGUAUAGUUUCUCCAUUAAUGCAAAUUAUUCGUACUCGAACGAUCGAAUUUGGUUUUGAAUCGAAUGAAAUUCUUGAAAUAAUAAAGCCGGUCUGUAUUAUUAUCUACACAUUAGUUACCGUUUGCGGUUACAAGGCGGUUAUUAAGUUUUUUCCGCAUCAAGUUUCGGAUUUAGAGCUUGCGGUUUCUCUGUUAGAGAAAUGCCAUGGCGCGAAUUCUGUUACCUCGUUGAGGCAGGAAAGUAAGGGAGAGAUGGAGGCGAAAUGUGUGAUGCUAUUGUGGCUUUCUAUUCUUGUUCUGGUUCCGUUUGAUAUUUCUUCUGUUGAUACUAGUAUUGCCAGUAGUAAUGAGCUCGGUGAACUUGAGUUAGCUCCUCUUGUUUUGAGGAUUUUGAAGUUUUCUAAAGAAUAUCUUUCGAAUGCUGGUCCUAUGCGGACUAUGGCUGGAUUAGUGCUCUCUAAGCUUCUUUCGCGUCCUGAUAUGCCAAUGGCUUUUACCAGCUUUAUUGAAUGGACACAUGAAGUUUUAUCUUCUGGCACAGAUGAUUUCUCGUCUCACUUUCAGUUAUUGGGUGCCGUGGAGGCAUUGGCUGCCAUUUUCAAGGCUGGUGGUCGCAAAGGGUUAAUGGGUGUGGUUUCCACUGUUUGGACUGAUGUGUCACUGCUGGAAAAGUCCGGUACUGCUGCUCAUAGUCCUUUGCUUCGCAAGUAUUUGGUGAAGUUAACACAACGGAUAGGUCUUACUUGCCUCCCUCCUCGUUCACCAGCCUGGUGUUAUGUGGGCAGGACCAGUUCUCUUGGGGAAAAUGUCUCCUUAAAUGUAUCUAAAAGAGCUGAUCAAUGCAGUCAUGAUGAAAAUAUUGAUUCUGUCAAACCAGAAGAAAGUGCUGUCUGCCUUGAAGAUGAAGCCAUGGAUGUUCCAGAAAUUGUAGAAGAGAUCAUAGAGAUGUUACUGGCUGGAUUAAGAGACACGGACACUGUUGUACGUUGGUCUGCUGCCAAAGGUAUAGGCCGUAUAACUUCACGAUUGACAUCUGCUCUGUCAGAAGAGGUCUUGUCAUCGAUAUUGGAGCUGUUUUCCCCUGGAGAGAGUGAUGGUUCAUGGCAUGGAGCUUGCCUGGCACUUGCUGAACUAGCACGUAGAGGAUUGUUAUUGCCUACGAGUCUUCCCAAAGUUGUUCCUUAUGUUGUGAAGGCGCUGCAUUAUGAUAUUCGAAGAGGUCCACAUAGUGUAGGGUCUCAUGUUCGAGAUGCUGCUGCCUAUGUUUGUUGGGCAUUUGGCCGUGCAUAUUAUCACGUUGAUAUGAGAAAUGUACUGGAACAGCUUGCUCCACACCUGUUGACAGUAGCCUGCUAUGACCGUGAGGUCAAUUGCAGAAGAUCAGCUGCAGCUGCUUUUCAGGAGAAUGUUGGAAGACAAGGGAACUACCCACAUGGCAUUGACAUAGUGAAUACUGCAGAUUAUUUUUCACUUUCUUCACGAGUAAACUCUUACCUCCAUGUUGCUGUCUACAUUGCUCAGUAUGAAGGAUACCUUUAUCCGUUUGCAGAAGAACUGCUGCACAACAAGAUUGGUCACUGGGAUAAAGGCUUGAGAGAACUUGCUGGAGAAGCCCUUUCUGCUCUUGUCAAAUAUGACCCCAAGUAUUUUGCAAGCUUUGUUUUGGAGAAAUUAAUUCCUUGUACUCUCUCAUCUGAUCUUUGCAUGCGCCAUGGUGCAACCUUAGCAACUGCAGAAAUUGUUUUGGCUUUGCACCGAUUUGACUAUGCUCUUCCUGCUGAAAAACAGAAACAAGUUGCUGGUGUAGUUCCUGCUAUUGAGAAAGCAAGACUUUAUCGCGGGAAGGGUGGAGAAAUAAUGCGUUCUGCUGUUUCUCGGUUCAUUGAAUGUAUCUCAUCAUCACAUUUGUUAUUACCAGAAAAGAUAAAAAGGAGUCUGCUUGAUACUCUUAGCGAAAAUUUACGGCACCCUAAUUCUCAAAUACAGAAUGAUGCUGUUAAAGCCCUAGAACACUUCGUUCGAGCAUGCCUCGUCACCACAAAUAAUGAAGGUGCCAGCAGUAUAACAUCAAAAUACCUGGAACAGCUAACUGAUCAAAAUGUUGCCGUAAGAAGAGGAUCUGCAAUGGCGCUAGGUGUUUUGCCAUAUGAACUUUUGGCUAACAGGUGGAGAGAUGUGCUUCUGAAGCUUUCUAGUUCUUGCAUGAUAGAGAAUAAACCUGAGGACAGAGAUGCUGAAGCACGAGUUAAUGCUGUCAAAGGACUCAUACUAGUGUUGAAGACAUUAACUCAGGAAAGAGACUGUUCCAGUAUUUGUUGUGGAGAGGAUGGCAUAUCUCUGUAUCAUCUGAUAAAAAAUGAAGUUAUGCUGAGCUUAUUUAAAGCUCUUGAUGACUAUUCUGUUGAUAACAGAGGUGAUGUGGGUUCUUGGGUCCGUGAGGCUGCUAUGGAAGGCCUUGAAACAUGUACAUACAUCCUUUGUAUUAAGGAUUCCAAUGGAAAAUCACAUCAUGUUGAGUCUGUGUCAGAGAGGCCUAAUAAUGAUGUGGCGGAUAAUAACCAGGUGGUCUCAUUUUUUGAUGCAAAUCUUGCUACCAAUGUGAUUGGUGGAAUUGCUAAGCAAGCUGUGGAGAAGAUGGACAAAAUAAGAGAAGCUGCUGCAAAGGUUCUGCAGAGGAUUUUGUACAACAAGGCAAUAUUUAUUCCAUUUAUCCCUUGCAGAGAAAAUCUGGAAGAAAUUGUUCCUAAUGAAACGGAUUUAAAGUGGGGAGUACCCACCUUUUCAUAUCAACGCUUUGUACAAUUACUCCGGUUUAGUUGUUAUAGCAGAUCUGUAUUGUCUGGUUUAGUUAUUUCGAUUGGUGGGUUGCAAGAUUCUUUACGGAAGGCUUCAAUCUCUGCAUUAUUGAAAUAUCUUCAACCGGUUGAAACUAAAGAGUCCAAUGAUAGAAGGUUAAGAGAGCAUAUGCUAUCUGCUGACAUGCUUUGGGUUCUCGAACAGUACAAGAAAUGUGAUAGAGUUAUUGUACCCACUUUGAAGACAAUAGAGAUUCUUUUCAGCAAAAAAAUAUUCUUGGAUAUGGAGGACCAAACUCCAGUCUUCUGUGCUAGUGUUUUGGAUUCCCUUGCCGUUGAAUUGAAGGGAUCAAAGGACUUUGCAAAAUUAUACUCUGGUAUUGCUAUACUUGGAUAUAUUGCUUCACUCUUGGAAACCAUCAAUGCUCGGGCAUUCACUCAUCUUCUCACUUUGCUUAGCCACCGAUAUCCCAAGAUCAGGAAAGCUUCUGCCGAACAAGUUUACAUUGUCCUACUACAAAAUGGGAAUCUUGUACCUGAGGACAAGAUGGAGAGAGCACUGGAAAUUAUUUCUGAAACCUGCUGGGAUGGAGACGUUGAGGCAACCAAGCUUCAAAAAUUAGAAUUGUACGAGAUGGCUGGUGUGGAACUGGGACUUCUUGUCAAGCCUAGAGAUAAACUACCAAACAAGGACAGCGAGAAAGAGCCUGCCUCGAAUGAUGAAAAUGCAUCAUAUUCCUCGUUAGUCGGGUCAACUGGGUUUUGAUUCAUAUCUCCACGCCCCUCUUCCCGCUUUACCGAGGUACGUUUCCUAAGGUUUUUCUCUCAUGGAGUGAGGAUUCUUUAACUUUUGGAGUUGUACAAUUCGAUGAGUCCGUGUAUCGUUUUUGUAAAUUAUACCAUGUCUAAAACAGUAAAAUGUCCGGGCCGUCUGACCCUUUCGAAGGUCAUGGCCGGUCCACAGUGUAACCGAGUGAAUUUUUCUCGGAACGUGUUUCUUGAUCUGGUUCCAAACCAAACCUGAAUCCGUUUGCUGUUUUGCACAAAUUUACAGAUACUGGGCUGGGCUUUGUUAAUAAAGGCUUCCUAAAAUUACCAAUCCA